CCGAUUCGGAAGCUCUCGGCCCAAGUUUCGAAGGCAGAAAGUAUUCAUGGCUUGUGGAGGCUGUUUAUUUAUACUUCUUAUCGGCACAAAACAUGGGAAUUUGCGGAAGACGAAUAACGGCGGGAGUGAGGAAUUUGUUUCUCCUUGAAUUCGAUGCCACUGAUCCAAGAAUGUACGUAUACUUGGAGCAAUCAAAUUAUCAAAUAGCGGCUGCAGCCGUAAUUAGAGCGAUCAAAUCAUCAGAAAGGAAGUGAUAGAGAGUGUGCUCGAAUUUUCGAGUAUUAUCAGAUGGCGCUGCAAGAAAAACUAGAAAGAUUCAAGAAGCAACAAGAGAAGUGCCAGUCGACCCUCACCAGCAUUGCAGCCAAAGCAGGGUCUUCUAAAUCAGCCUCGAUUAAAAAAUCUUCACCUGUAGCUGUAACACCAUUAGCAAAUCCUAGGACUCCAGGACCACCAGUCAAGUUUUCAAAUGACACAGAGAGACUCCAGCACAUCAAUAGCAUUCGGAAAGCCCCUGUUGGAGCUCAGAUCAAGCGUGUUAUAAACCUGCUGCUAGAGAAAAGGCAACCUCUUACUCCAGAACAAAUAAAUGAAGCAUGUUUUGUUGAUGUGAACUCAAACAAAGCUGUAUUUGACAGUUUGAGGAACAACCCAAAAGUGAACUACGAUGGAAAGCGCUUCUCUUACAAGUCCAAGCAUGAUUUAAAGGACAAGAGUCAGCUACUUGUCUUGAUACGGAAAUUUCCAGAGGGCAUUGCUGUAAUUGAUCUCAAGGAUGCAUACCCAACUGUGAUGGACGAUUUGCAGGCAUUGAAAGCUGCUGGGCAGAUGUGGUUGCUCUCAAACUUUGAUUCACAGGAGGAUAUUGCAUACCCAAAUGAUCCCAGGGCAGUUAUCAAGGUAGAUGACGACCUUAAGCAGCUCUUUCGGGGGAUUGAAUUGCCUCGUGAUAUGCUGGACAUUGAGAAGGAUCUGCAGAAGAAUGGCAUGAAACCUGCCACAAACACAGCAAAGAGGAGGGCUGCCGCGCAAGUGCAAGGCAUUUCCUCCAAGCCUAAGAUCAAGAAGAAGAAGGAUACGAUCAGCAGGAGGACUAAGCUGACAAAUGCACAUCUUCCGGAGCUUUUUGCUAAUCUUGGUUCUUAGAACUUUUGAGCUAAAUAGAGUUGCUAAGCUGACCGUAUACAGAUGAUCAUAUGUAGACUGAGGAAUUCCAUUUGCUUUGUACAUACUAGCUUGCAAACUUAAGAGAAAUGGAAUUAGUCAAGUUUAUCAUGAUUCUUCCUUUGUUUUCUAUAUUUGUUAAUCAUAUGUGUAGCAAUGAGUUAAUCAUGUAAUUUAAAUGCCAAACUGUAGCUAAUUUCCCAGUAUUUUAGGCUUUGCUCAGCACAAUGGAUUUGUACAGUUACUUCUUUUGCCGUGUUAGACUUGGCAAAUGAUGUGAUAUUGAUUUAGUUUGGCUUAACUGUAAUUUCAUCCCUGUACUAAAGGGAGUUAAAUUUAUUCUAUUUUUAAUUUUUA